AGCAUUUCAGCUGCCUGUGGCUUGCCAGUCGUUUCCAUCCCUCCACCAGGUCUGUCCUGCUCCUGCUCUUCGCUCGUAGGUUGUGAAAACAAGAUCAAGUCAAAAUGUCGGAGAAAAAGAUGUCAACCAGCCGAAAACAGCAUCUGAAGAGUUUGAUGCUUCAGAUUGCUAAAACAGAAAUCGAGAAGGAACAAACUGAGAGAGAAGCAGAGAAGAAGAGGUAUCUGGAAGAGCACUGCCCUCCACUCUCCAUGGGUGGAUCCCUUCAAGAAUUGCAGGAACUGUGCAAACAGCUCCACACCAAGAUUGAUGUCGUUGAUGAGGAGAGGUAUGACUUGCAAUCCAAAGUUAACAAGUCUGCCAAGGAGAUUGAAGACCUGAAUAUGAAAGUGUUUGACCUGAAGGGUAAAUUCAAGAAACCAGCUCUGCGUAAAGUGCGUAUGUCAGCUGACGCUAUGCUGCAGGCACUGCUAGGCUCCAAGCACAAGGUCUCCAUGGAUUUGAGAGCUAACCUGAAACAAGUGAAGAAAGAGGAGAAGGAACAAGACCUGCGUGACGUCGGUGACUGGCGCAAGAACAUCGAGGAGAAGGCUGGCAUGGAAGGCAGGAAGAAGAUGUUUGAGGCUGAGGCCUAAACAGAUCCUCAGUGGCUUGUUGUUUGUUUUUAAGACAUGUCGUAGGUCAACAGUGCUCUCCAUUAUUUUUGUCUUAAACAUAUUCUCCCAGUCUUUUGUUUGCAUAUGGUGAUGCUUUUCUGCUGGACUUUGUUAAGGGGACAAGCAAGAGGCUGAUUUGGAAUUUGCUGCCUGUAGCCGUUGUCUAACUUUGGGGGUCCCAAGUGUUGCCAUAGCACUACCAAAACUCAUCACCCUGGAAACCAGCUGUUGCGCAAAAAUAUAUUUUGUUCAGAAAUAUAUUUGAAUGCCAAAAAAAUGUCUUAUGUAAAUAAAUAAUUUAAAGAAA